AACAUUAAAGCGGCCAGCAGUAGGAACGCAUAAUGUGACCAACAGGGAUAAACAGCCACUCUGCAACUUUCAGCAAUAAAUAUAAAUGAUUACAGUGGAUUACUUUAAAAACUGUCUGCCUAUUUUAUUAGAUUUCAGAGAGAGAGAGUAUGUGUGUGUGUGUGUGUGAGAGAGACAGAGAGAGAGAGAGAGAGAGAAAGAGAGAGAAAGAGAGAAAGAGAAUAAGAAUAUGUUUCUGUGAACCAAAUUCCUUUAUGCAAUUUCCUCCAAACAUGAAUCAAAUAAACACUAUUUCAACUGCAUUCAGCCCUAUACUAUAUGUACACACCCUGCCUGGCUGUAUAAUUUUGCAACCACAGAUAAUUGCCAGCCAGAUGUAAUAGGUAUUGAUUUCCACCUGCACAUUUUGUUUUUAUGCAGAAAAAAAGAAAAAGAAAAUUAGCUUAUUAUCAUCAAUUUCCAAAACAGGCACUCCGUUUGCUAUGUAUUCUCUCACUGAAUGACCUUCAGGUGUGGAGUCCAGUGUUAAAUGCAUGAGGUGCAGUGAUCACUGUGAAAUAUCCAGUCAUUCACACCAGGAACAUUAGAUUGCAGAAACCUUUAAGAAUUGCUUGGCGUAUCACUGUACAAAUUACAUACCAUUUCAAGGCCUAGCGGAGCCAGUGCAGAGGAAUUAUCUGCUGUCAGGUCCUGCGACGGGCUGAUAAGGAGACGCAGAGCGCGCAGGGCCACCACAAGGUUAGAAAAACAAUCACGGGGGAAGGGAACAAAAAGUCCAGGACCGAUCAUGCCGUCCUCCACCAUGCAGAUGUUUGCCUUCAUUCUGGCAUUACUGGGGGUCCUGAGUGCCACUGUGGCCACUCUACUACCCAACUGGAAAGUGAGUGCAGACGUAGGCUCCAAUAUCAUGACGGCGAUCUCUCAGAUGCAGGGACUGUGGAUGGACUGCACCUGGUAUAGCACUGGAGUCUUUAGCUGCUCGCUCAAGUAUUCAGUCCUGGCAUUGCCUGCUUACCUUCAGACGGCACGCACCACUAUGGUGCUUUCCUGCAUGAUGGCGACAAUGGGACUGUGCCUAGCAGCCCUAGGGCUGAAAUGUACUCGCUGGGGUGGUAGUUAUCGUUCUAAGGGACACACUGCCAUUUCUGCAGGAGCUUGCUUCAUCAUAGCUGGGGUCCUGUGCCUGGUGCCCGCAUCCUGGUUCACUAAUGAGGUCAUCACUACUUUUAUGGACUCCAAAGUGCCCAAGAGCAGCAAGUAUGAGCCAGGUGCCGCAGUGUACGUAGCAUUUGUGUCGGCAGGAUUCCUUUUAGCUGCAGGCGUCAUCUUCUGCUUAUCAUGCCCUGGAAAAAGAGGUGGUCCACUGGAUUCGGGCUCGUCCCACCCUGGCAAGCCAAAACAGCAGCAGCUGUGCCAGGAGCAACCAACCCGUGACCAACAGAAACAGCAGCACAUAGAACAGCAGAGUCAGACUGAGCCACCAGAACGAGAGCAAGUACACCAGGAACAGCUUCAAGCAGAUGAUCGUCUGCAAGACAAGCCAGUGCUGGAGAGGCUGAACCUGGAGCAGGACAAGCAGUACCGCUCUCCAUCCCGAAAUCUAGAUGCCAAGGCCGUCUAUAGUCUUCACGACUAUGUGUAAACAACUGCAGUCGACUCCAACAGUGUUCCAUGGCAUUCUUUCUGAUCAGACUGCAUUUCUUUGUGAGUGGCAUAAAGAGGAGGAGAAAAGCAGUGAAGCAGCAGGAGAAAUAAUGACUUUGAUGGCGUUAUCAACCCUUCUCAUCUGUUCUUUCGCUUACAGCAAGCGUAAACAGUGGAGGUAUUUCCAAAAGCCCGGAGCAGACAAACUGAGUAUUGUUAAUCCUCCGGUAAAUGGUUUUAAUGCAACUACAAAUAAAAAUGGAAUGGUGUGGAAUGGUGACAUAUCAUUAAAAUGUAACAUUUGAAGGGAAUACUGAGCAGACUGGUGAAGGACAGGUUUGAAGAAAAUAUGCUUUUGCUUACCAAAGGUUUGAAAUAAUUAUAGUUUAAUUUGUCUGCUUAUAAUCAUUACUUUGUCAGAGUAACAAGCAAAUGAUCUCAAGAGAAACCUUUUGUUAGAUGGAAGCGUGAUCCAUGUAUAAUUAGCAAGUUUUGUCAGCUUUAAUUCCGAAGCUUAUAGAUUUAUCUUUAGGCAGUAUGUGCAUGCUGUUUUUAGAUUAUUCCAUUAAUGAUGCACCAAAAUUGAAACAGUGGUUGGGAUAAUCAAGCUUGCACCUGAGAAUGCUUCUUACAACCAGCUGUCCAUUAAAUGGUGCAUGUUCUUCAGAAAAAGGUUUGAGACUCUUCACAAAGAGAUUUUGAAGUGUCCAGUCCAUAUUUUUCAAAGAAUGGGGAUGGGGGGAGGAACAGUAGUACAGAUCAUCUGAGGUAAUGAUGCUCUUUGCUUUUCCAUUAGGUUUUCAAUGGAUGGGUGCACACUGCUCAUUUACUGCCAGCAUGCACAGAUACACCAACACACACACAUAAGCUUUCCUUCCCUUCCUCAUACUCUUGCUAGAAGGGUAAUAGGGUCUUGCACCCAAUCAUAUUGAUGCUGUGCGUCCGUGUGUCAUGCCUGCAGGAAGUGCGUUGUUGCUGUUCGAGGGCAAACAGGACAUAGUAACACGCUGUUCUGUCUCUUGUGGAAAAUUGGAACCAAUGUGAGAAAAAUCUUAGCAGGACUCCCCCGCUGGGAAACAAUCGCACCUUUGGUCCACAUCUCAAUUCAGUAGAACCAUUUUGCAGUAUUUUCUGAUUGCUGUGGUAUUUAUGUCUACAGUCAAGCCAUUGAAUGUAUUACUCUGAGUCUGCUUAAGAGAGAUAAUGCACAAUGAAAUGUACAAUGUUCGACUAAAAAAGCUAAAACAAGCACUGUGCCUCACUCUUUGUGAUCUUGUUGCAGGUCUGCCAUUGUCUCCAGAGAUGCCAUUUGUGGGGCAUUUUCUGCCUUUCAUUUUGCCUUACAUGCAAGCACACAUGCUGCUCUUUGCUUUUGAUACACAUGUACAGGAUGAUUCAACAGAAAUUAGUAUAAAGACUGACAGUAAGAAAGUCUAUUUGGUUUCCGAAAAAAAAUCAUGUCAAUUUCAAUUAACUAUAUAUUUUCCUUUUGCUUUGUUGUGCAUGUAGGCGUGAUGUGUACAUUAAGGUCCAAAAGUCUGAGACCACUAGAGAAAAUGCUUCGGUUUGUAUUCUUUUCUAAUUUAAUACUUUUUUUUUAUUACAAAUUAUAUUAUCAGCUUAACAAUUUGAGUGAAAAGUUGAAUUGGAAAAUGAACAUAAUUUUUUUACACAAAUAAAUAUUACACAAAAAGGUGUAAAAAAAAUAUAUAUAUUUGUUUAUAAUAUAUAUUGAUGUACAUUAUGUUACUAAGACACUUGCUUUAAACAGUGGCAAUACAAAUUGACAAAAGAAGUUGAAAUGCUACUGUAAUUCAUAGACAUUUCAAAGUUCUUCUUUCUUUGUAUAAUCAUAUUAAAUGGUAUUGUUAUGAUAUAUGUGCCAGGUUAGGGCGUUUUAUGCAGGUCAGUUUAGGAGCACUGCUUGCACACAUAAGAGUUUGAGAGAUAAUAAUCGACAAAUAUUUGCUGUCUGUUCCUAAUAACUUCUCUUCUAUCAUGACACAGCGAAUGUUGACUAAUUUUUCUAAGACUGUUUUGUAUAAAGGAGAAGACUUUCAUGAAACUGCUUGGUUUAAUUUAUUUAUUUAGGCUAUUUAUUUUAAAUUCCUAUGGUUCGGUCACACUAGGCUUUAGACCCAGCAACGAAUAAAGGAAACAGAAUACAUGUUUUCAGAUUGGCAGGUCAGAGUUCACCAAAUGUGAAUUGGUAACACUUGUUCUAUUUGUAAACAUUAAUAAAUCUAUUAUGUAUCAUGAACAUUAACCAAUAUAUUUCAAACAAAUGCUGUACAAAUAUUGUUCAAUGUCAAUUUUAAUAACAUAAAAUUGCUUAUUGUUAGUUCAUACUGCAUUAACUAACAUAUGCAACUUUUAAUUUUUCAAAUGUAUUAGUAGCCUAUUUGUUGAAAUCAACAUUAACCAAGAUUAAUAAGUUGCGUAAAUUUAUUGUUUAUUUAUUACUUCAUGUUAAGGUAGUCAACAAUGUUUACAAAUACAACCUUUCAACUUUGGUAUGCAGUGAAAGAUGGAAAGUGUAAAGUCUAGUGUGACCAAACCUUUCAUUUUGAUUUCUCUAUUUUGACAUGACAAAAGAAGGGCUCUGUUUAGUCUAUUUAGUUGACAGACUAACAAUGUGUGGACAGUAAUCAUGUAAAACUAUCAAAUCCUAAUAAAGCACAAGCCUGUACAACAGAAAAUGUACGUUUGUUCUUGUUGUCCAUUGACCUCCACUUCUCCGAUUUCUGCCCUUGC